AACCGUGAAUUUUCCUUCAAUUUUGUUCAUUUUUCUGACUAAAAUCCUUGCAAAUAGGAAAUAAACCCCACUCGAUAUGGCCGCGGACAGCAAAAGCUCCCAACUGGACGAUAUACAGAAACUGCUGCUGGAGCGCAUAGCCAAGAAUGACACGAGUGGGUUCACGCAGCUGCUCACCCAGCUGAAGGACGUUAACUUUGUGGACGACACGGGCAUGUCGCUUCUGGCGCAUGCGAGCUUCAAAGGCAACAAAGAGGCUGUGCAAAUACUGCUAGACAUGGGCGCCGAUAUCCACUUGAAUCAGCAUGGGGCCGACUAUACACCUUUGCACUUUGCGGCCCUGUCCGGCAGCACUGACGUGUGCCGCCAGCUGCUGGAUGCCGGCAUCAAUCCGAGCAGCAUCAACAGCGUCUCGCGCACCGCCUCACAGAUGGCCGCCUUCGUGGGAAACCAUGCCUGCGUGGAGACAAUUAACAACUAUAUUACCCGAUCUGGACUGGAGUACUACACACAGGCGCACGGCCAGCAAACGGAGCCGUUAAUUCCGCCUGCGCUGCUAUCAGCCUUUCACACCUUUGUCAUCGAAAUCAAUCUGCACCCCGUGAGAAUCGCACUGAACGCCCAGUCCCUAGGACUUCUCAGGAUACUAAGCAACCUGCGCAAAACCCUGGCACUAAUGUGCGAGAAGGAGAUGCAGAAGACACACGACAUGAACGAGCUUCUGGCCUUCAAGUUCCACUACCAGGGCUGGAUCGUGGCAGAGCUGAUCCGCUGUGAGGAGCAGUUCAAGGCGCAACACAAGGAGAAGACUGGCGGAGGCGAGCCGGAGGUUAACAAGAACGACUUUAUCGACCGACUUUGUGACCGUCAGUGUGCCCGCAGACCCAUUGAUAAAAUAUAUCGUCUGACACUCAGAAAUGUACCAAAAUAUACUGUAUCAUUUUAAAUAUAUACCAUGAAUAUACUGACGAAUUAUCCAA